AUGGUCGCCGUCGGCGCCGAGGGCCGCGCGAAGCUCGACUCGUGCAUCGCCCGGCUCGUGGGCGUCAAGGACGACAAGCCGGGCACGGAGGUGAACCUCGCCGAGGACGAGCUCAUGUGGAUCGCGCGGACGGCGCGCGCGGUCUUCCUCGAGCAGCCCAUGCUCCUCGAGCUCAACGCGCCGAUCAACAUCUGCGGCGACACGCACGGCCAGUACCACGACCUGCUGCGCCUCUUCGAGAUGGGCGGCUUCCCGCCGGCGUCGAACUACGUCUUCCUCGGCGACUACGUCGACCGCGCGAAGCAGAGCAUCGAGACGAUCGGGCUCCUGCUCUGCUUCAAGAUCAAGUACCCGAAGACGUUCUUCCUCCUCCGGGGCAACCACGAGUGCAGCGCGCUGAACCGCAUCUACGGCUUCUUCGACGAGUGCAAGCGCCGCUACACGGUCAAGCUCUGGCGCGUCUUCGGCGACUGCUUCAACUGCAUGCCCGUCGCGGCCGUCGUCGCGGACAAGAUCAUCGCCAUGCACGGCGGCCUGAGCCCGGAGCUCACGUCCCUGGAGCAGAUCGCGCGCAUCGAGCGGCCCACGGAGGUGCCCGAGGACGGCCUGCUCUGCGACCUGCUCUGGUCCGACCCGGACCCGAUGAUCAUGGGCUGGGGCUACAACACGCGCGGCGUGUCCUACACCUUCGGCCACGAGGUCAUCCGCGACUUCCUCAAGCAGCACGAUCUCGACGUCGUCUGCCGGGCCCACCAGGUCGUCGAGGACGGCUACGAGUUCCAGGCCGCGCGCGGCCUCGUGACGAUAUUCUCCGCGCCCAACUACUGCGGCGAGUUCGACAACGCGGGGGGCAUGAUGUGCAUCGGCGCCGACCUCUGCUGCUCCUUCAAGGUCCUGCGGCCAAUGACGCAGAAGCGCCACUACGAGGGCGACGCGGACGCGGCCGCGGCCCCCGGCGACGCGACGCCGGGGCCCGGGGUCGAGGCCCGCGACGCGCCGACGCCCGCGCGGUAG